CGCGAUGAACCCCACCUCGCGCCCCGCCGUCGUCAUCGACAACGGAACCGGCUACACGAAGAUGGGGUUCGCGGGGAACGUGGAGCCCUGCUUCAUAACCCCGACCGCGGUCGCCGUCAACGACUCCUUCGCCGACCCGACCAGAGCCGCCGCCAAGGGGAGCUGGCAGGCGCAGCACAGCGCGGGGGUCAUGGCGGACCUCGACUUCCUCAUCGGGGAGGAGGCCGUGGCGCGGUCCCGCGCCAGCACCACCUACAGCCUCAGCCACCCCAUCCGCAAUGGUCAGGUGGACAACUGGGACACCAUGGAGAAGUUCUGGCAGCAGUGCAUUUUCAAUUACCUCCGCUGCGAUCCGGAGGACCACUACUUCCUGCUCACCGAGAGCCCACUCACACCUCCUGAAACUAGGGAGUACACCGGGGAGAUCAUGUUCGAGACCUUCAAUGUGCCUGGUCUCUACAUUGCGGUCCAGCCCGUCCUUGCCCUCGCUGCAGGGUACACCACAACCAAGUGCGAAAUGACAGGUGUUGUAGUUGAUGUGGGCGACGGAGCUACCCACAUUGUUCCUGUUGCUGAUGGGUAUGUCAUUGGGAGCAGUAUCAGAUCUAUUCCACUUACAGGCAAGGAUGUUACCCAGUUUAUUCAGCAACUUAUCAAGGAAAGAGGUGAGCACAUUCCUCCCGAAGAGUCUUUUGACGUAGCAAGGAGGGCGAAGGAAAUGUACUGCUAUACAUGUUCAGACAUUGUGAAGGAAUUUAAUAAGCAUGACAGGGAGCCCUCUAAGUACACAAAACGCUUGACUGGCAUCAAACCAAAAACUGGCACUCCAUACACCUGUGACAUUGGAUACGAGCGCUUCAUGGGCCCCGAGAUUUUCUUCCACCCUGAGAUUUACAACAGUGACUUUACGACACCUUUGCAAGAUGUUAUCGACAUGUGCAUCCAAUCUUCCCCAAUUGACACAAGGAGGUCUCUAUAUAAGAAUAUUGUCUUGUCUGGGGGAUCGACUAUGUUUAAGGAUUUCCACAGAAGAUUACAACGGGACCUGAAAAAGAUUGUGGAUGUACGGGUUCGUGCAUCUAAUGCUCGACUUGGUGGAGAUGCGAAGGCCCAGCCUGUAGAAGUCAAUGUGGUUAGUCAUCCAAUCCAAAGAUAUGCAGUUUGGUUUGGCGGAUCUGUACUUGCUUCUACAACUGAAUUCUAUGAGGCUUGCCACACAAAAGCAGAGUAUGAAGAGUACGGUGCAAGCAUCUGCAGAUCAAAUCCCGUUUUUAAAGGAAUGUAUUGAAACCUGUUAAUGAAAGAAAUUAUUGCGCUAGUUAUCACAGGUAGCAUUCACCGUGCAAUCAGCUUAGGCCUAGCAGUAGCAGGCUGGUAGCAUGGUAAACUGACACUGUGGACGCAGGCUGCCGAGGAGCGUCAGUGUAGCAUUUUGUACAAAACCAGCGUGCACAUAGAUAGACCACAUUGGCUUGAUACAUCAUCUGUAUAACUGUAUUCAUCUGUAGUAUGAUGCUGGUAGUCUAGAAACAGGAAAACUCCAUGACCGUUCUUGCAAGCUCGAUCUGGGCUGCACAAGCUUGAUGUUGUAUAAUUACUCCAUUGGAGUAUCGCUGUAACCUUUGCAGAGUUUUGCUGUGCUCUAGUAUUGCUACUCAUAUUUUCCUGUGAUGUUGCCACCCUCUAUUCAGAUAAUGGAAAUUUUUAGUU